CAUUAGUAUUGGUUUCGACCAUAUCCAUGCAUUAUUGCCCCGCCCACUCUUAACUGGUUGGCCAGCGAGCUGUCCGUCUUGUAGUUGGACGGCAGCUCCGUGCUGUGAUUGGCUGCGCCGUGACUCAUUCUGUGUGACUGUAGACCGGUUUGCUGUAGUGGAUUCUCGGCCACGGAAGGAAAAUGGCGUUCAGUCAGGGAACAAAGAAGAAAGUGUGCUAUUACUAUGACGGUGAGUGGGGUAACCCGGCGGGUCGGGGCGGACGGGGUUGUUGCCGGGCCGGGCGGCGGGUGUGCUGGGAGCGGGAGUGGAUCGCGGAGCAGACACUGGGCGGGGUGACCGGGGGGAGGUCAUUACACGAUGCGGGAACUGGCGGGGAAUCUCCCACUGGGAUGGACCGGGCGGCACCGGGCACAAUGGCUGCUCGGCCGGGUCACAGCAUGCGGGAUACACUCCGCAACCCGCCCGGGCCUUAUUCACUAAACCACCAGCACCACUGCAUUCACUGCCGGGGCCAUGUGUGGGCCACAGAGCGAGUGUGGGAUAAUGUGACCAAUUAUAUCGCACACUGCCUCAGCUCAACUAGGGCCACAGCGUGUAUAGUACCUUACUAUUGGAUUUGCUAUUACACCCCCCCCCCCCCUUUUAAAGUCAUUAAUCCAGAUUUAUAUUCAUAUAUAUAUUUGUGUGUGUAUAUAUAUAUAUACACACACACACACACACUUGGUAGCACUCAAAGGACUUCCAAAUGAUAAUAAAAAUAACAAAGUCUUUGUUAAUUCAUGUCCAACAAAAAUUGAAGUUCCCUGUAGGAUCGAAACAUCAGUCUUCAUAAUUUGGCCUUUAUAAUGGUCCUAUAGGGUCGAAACGUUGAUUUUUUAUUUAUUUUUUUGGAUAUGUAUAAGUAAAGUGUGUUUUUUGGGGGGGGGGUUUAAUGGAAGUCCUUUUGAGUGCUGCCAAUUAUGUUAAUCUCUGCAUGGGUUGCACACACCAAAACCUCAUAUAAUAGUACACAUUGAUUUGAUCAAUGCCCAGCCAUAAAUCUAUACACAGACGCACACAAUGUAAUAUUUAAACUAAGGAGUAAACGCUCAAAAAGGUUUGCGACUGGAGGUGGAUCAAAUCCCAGCGCCCUCACAAACCUUACUCCAGGGCCCAUCUACCUUUUAUGCUAGCCUAAAAUGGUUAAAACGCAGAUAAUUACACCGCUUGGUUUCUUAUUCCCUUGUAUCAUUUCCCUGCUAGUCAGUCACUCUUCACUCAUUUUCUAACAAUCAUACCAUAACUUCAGUACCAGGAUCAACUCUGUCUGUAUGCUACAGGAGUUCACGUGUUAUUGCAUUUGUCCUAAAGUAACUGCCAUGAUGAAUUGAUUUUACUGCUAUUGAAUGUGCAUGAUAAAUAUUAUAUUUUUAUGCUCCUCCAACAACAUGAAGCAUUAAUAUGAACAAUAUAAUAUGCCAGUCUGGCAGCCUUACACAUACACUUUGAACCGGUACCUACCAUACCUACAUAGUACACAGCAGCAAUUAGCCAUUAACAUCACCAAAUUCAAAUGUCACCCUAGUCAACUCUAUGGCAACACAGGUGCACCCAUAACACAUCCUAAUGGCAUUCAUAUCAUCGCCCAUUAGUAACCAAGUGGCAAACACAUUGAUCGUUCUCCUCCCAAUCAGUUAUCACAAUUGCUUAUAAGACCCGAUUUUCAAUAAUGUAAUGUCUUUUCCAAAGACAAAUAUGGCAAUAUUAUUGCAUAAACAACCAUUGAUCCCUAGCAUUACCAAUGGCACCCACCACAUGUGGUACACAUAUCACUUACAACACCCAGUCACAUCACAUUUAGGUACAAAUAGCCAAAUUCCACUUCAUUGUUCCCAGGCAGCAAUUGAAAGGAUCUGCUAAGCAACAAACCCACUAGAGCUCAAUGUAAUGCUCAUAAUGUUUAGAGUCUAUAGGCACAUGGUUUAAUGGCAAACUAUUUAGAAAUGUUUUGACAAAAUAAAUGUUAUCCACUGCAUCCAGAGGCUGUCUCCUGAGUUGUGUUGGGAAUAUGCCAUGUAAAUUUGCUCAUGGAUAGCAGUGAUUGGAUGAGUGUGCACGUGGCAAAAAGCUGAUGGGUUCUUGAAGGAUGUGAGCACUGGGCAAUCAGGCCCAAGCGGUUACAUUCAAACUAUAAGUUUAGUAGUUCUGUUGUCUAGAUUCUCUAGAGUACUGUCCCUAUGUUUUAGACUUGUUGGGGAAAGAAAUGUGUUAAACCGCGCCAAAAGAUAAUGUAUAAGAAAAAACAAUGUUUUAAAAAAAAAAACCUAUAUGCAUACACUUAGAGGUCCAAUAUUAUGCUGGUAUAUGGUAACCUCAAAAUAAAACCGAAUAGGAUAAGAUAAUAGUGCAAUAUGUCACAUGAGUUUUAAAACCCAAUAGAAGACUCACUCACACUCUCUAGAGCUACAAAGAGCUCUGCUGAUUAGCUUAUUCCUUGUAUUAGGUAUCCAAUUUUCAACAACCAUGUAGGGAGGAAUCAAAGUAAAAGAAGCAAUGUCACAGUAUAUUGUAAGCAAUAUUAGAUAUAUUUAAAAAAAAAAAAAAAGCAGAUAUCCUAGUUACAAUUUUAUGCUUAUGGUGGUACAAUCCCCAUCUGGGAUGUGCAGGAUUCAGUGCAGUAAAACAGCAGCAGGGUAAAAUAAUAAUAAUAGGGAUUAUUAAAUAGCAGAUAACUGUAUUAAUAAAAAAUGUAGCAUAAAGCUAAAGUGCUCCAGUCCCCACUUGGCAUGUUUCACCCAGAUUGGACUUCUUUAGAAUGUCCACACUUCUGAAGAAGACCAUUCUGGGUGAAACGCGUCAUGUGGCAUGGGAGCCGGCUGCCCGGAGUGGCAGUAAUCUGCCUGCAGCUCCUCUCUGCUCCUUCGCGCUGUUUAAUGAUGCCGGGAGACAGAAUAUGACGUCACUCUGGGAACGCUGCAGGUAGAUUACUGCUCCCUCGUGCUCAGGAAGACAGAGCAGCCCCACUGGACCCUACGGAAAGAACCACUUGGCUCUCCCAAAGGUAGCGAUGCUGGGUGGAUUUCAAUUAAAAUAAAAUAAAAAUCUUCGUUUGUGUCUGUCAGGGAGUGUGUAUCUGUGUCUGUUUAGGUCCAACCUCCAAUUGCGCACACAAGGUGUUUUUACUCGCCUUUCUUCCCAUCCCAUGCCAGUUUCGUCAUGGCUGGUCUUGCCUCCAUGGCUGAAAUAAUCAGUCUUUAUGAUCUCCGUUUAGUAAGGAUAUUGCGCUUGUGCAGAAAAACAAUGUGGCAAUCAGCAUAUCCUCAUAAAGAUGCAUUAAAUCAAUGCAUCUCUAUGGGUAACAUCUAUCAUUUCCAUACAAAGUGUGGCGAUGCAGAACAUAGGUGCUGCACUGACCAAGUACUCUCUAAUGGCCAUCUAAAUGACUGUUACUAGACUUUCUCUGAAAAGGCAGUGUUUGCAUUGAAAGGUCUGCAGGUAUAGGCUAUAGACCCCAGAACUACAUUAAGCUGUAGUGGUUCUGGUGUCUAGAGUGUCCAUUGAAGGGAUUCUGUAGUGCCAGGAGCACAAAGCCUCUUUCCUGGCACUAAAGAUUCCUACAGUGCCCUCUCCUGUAGCACUGAAUCUAGUGCCAGUGUCCUUCAGUGCUUGGUCAAGCUCCGCCCACCACUGUAGGGACAUUGCACACAGACCACUUCAAUGAGCCUAAAUGGUCUGGGUGCCUACAGUGUCCCUUUAAGAAUUGCAUUUUUCUCCUUGAAAAUUAAACCUAAAACUUAUUUUUCAAAAAAACAGGCUCCGAACUUUUUUUAGCUGGCUCCUAGGUUCUUAACAAAUUUGUCAAGUCCUGCACUACAGAAGUUUCCAUGGUAUGAAAAUGUUUUUGCUGUUUGUGUCUUAAAUGGAGGCCUGGUUCCUUUAGAGACAUGACUUUCUUGAUAUUCUAUAUCGUCAUAAGUUGUUGACCAAUUAGAAUACACGUUAAAGCAUACAACCAUGUAAUCUCUAGACACAUCAUUGCAUUUGACUGGUUUUAAAGUUUAUGGCAUUAUCAUGGGCUUUUAUACCUUUCUUUCUUGGUUGGGAAGUGGAAUGGAGCACACAUGCAUAGAUGGCACAAAUAAAUUAUCACUGGUAGGAAUGUUGUCUUAAGAACUAAGACUUUGUUAAAUCUUCUUGGCAAAUAAACCGAUGGUUGAUGGAACGGGUGGGCUAGUCCAUAGCAUCAAUGCCUUCGUCUUGCAGGAACUGCUGACACACUCCAGCCACAUGAGGUCUAGCAUUGUCUUGCAUUAGGGCCAACCGCACCAGCAUAUGGUCUCACAAGGGGUCUGAGGAUCUCAUCUCUGUACCUAAUGGCAGUCAGGCUACCUCUGGCGAGCACAUGGAGGUCCUGCACAGAAGUGUGAUUUAAUUGGAGUUACAUUGUGUUGUUUAAGUGUUCCCUUUUUUUUUUUUUUUUUGAGCAGUAUAUAUUUAAAUACCGAUCAUUUUGCAAUGAUAGUUAAGCAGGCUGCAAAACAUACUCCUAGGUGGUGCUUGUGUAACAUGAGUGCAUAUUGCAUUGGUUAGAAGUAGGGAUCGACUGAUAUAUUUCAGGCCGAUGGCAUAGAACUUGCCGAUAUUCUGUACAUUUACCAUUUUGAAAAAAUAAACUAUUUCUAAAGUUAAAUGCACAAAAUAUACAUGCCACAUGUAGUGGAUGCAGUGUGUUUAGACAGGGGAGCUGUGUUUGUUUGUGUAGUGUGUGUGUAUUUAGUGAAUGCAGGGUGUGUGUGUGUGUGUAUUUAGUGAAUGUAGAGUGUGUGUGUGUAUUUAGUGAAUGCAGGGUGUGUUUCUGAAGGGAUGGAUUUUUUUUUUGUAAAAUAUUUGUUUUUAUUAUUCUCUCCCUCCCCUGCUUGUUACUUAGGCCAGGGAGGGGGGAUAUGUCAUUCCCCGGUGGUCCAGUGGCAUGUAUUGAGCAGUGGGAGGGCCGGCAGCAAGCGCUUACUUACCUUUACUUCAGCUCCCUGUGUAAAUCUCGUGGUCUGUGUGCCGUGCUGAGCGUUGCCAUGGUAACCCGUGGUAACACUCUGCGGCCGCGGGACUCACAAGAUUUACAAAGGGAGCUGCUGGGAAUGUAAGUAAGCGCCUGCUGCCCCCUCCCCUCCACCCCUCUCUAUUGGCCGAAAAUACCGAAUAUCGGUAAAACAGAUAAUCGGUCGAUCCCUAGUUAGAAGGAAAACUUACUCAGUGGUAGAAUCUCCUUUUUGAUUUAAAAAAAAGUGUCAAGCAUGGCUGGUUUUUUUGUUUUUGUUUUUUCAAAGUGUGUAUGUGUGUAUGUAUAUAUGUAUGUGUGUAUGUAUAGAAUAGCUUGCACUCACGGUCUUUAAGUUGAAAAAAAUCGCUUUAUUCAAAGCAUAUCAUAUAAUCAUCACAGGUGCGAUGAUUAUAUGAUAUGCUUUGAAUAAAGCGAUUUUUUUUUUUUCAACUUAAAGACCGUGAGUGCAAGCUAUUCUAUACAUGUGUACAUUAUUUGGCUUUUGGCUUAAAGCACCCGGCCCUUACAUAUUGAAUACAGCCUGAGUGCAAGGAUAUCAGCUUUUUUUAUAUAUAUUGAUUGGCAGGUAGACUUUAUCAAUGGUUACAAUAAAUUGCACAUGCUACUGCCACAAAAAAAUCCACACACACAAAACACACUGAUGUAUUUAUUAAUACAAAACACACUGAUGUAUUUAUUAAACCUCGUUGUCAAUGUAUAUAUAUUACACACAAAACCAAGAGGGCUGCGCUCACCUAAACAUGCAUACAUUAUAGGGUGCUGCUGGGGCCAAAAUAUACAGAAUCCAGUGCACUUGCUUAUUCACUAAACAAUGCUUUCAAAAUCUUAGAGAUUGUAAUAGUUUUUUAUUUAAAAACACCUCACCUAGGCAAAAAAAUAAUGGGGGUUUAGUUACAUUAUAUGAUCAUAUAUUGCAUAAGCCUGCCACAACGUCAAUGUACCCCAUUCUUGGCAGGUCCUACUCUAGCAGCCUAAUGCUUGCCCUUAUGAUAUUUGUAUGUGUGUAUGUAUGUGUGUGUGUGUGUGUGUGUAUAUAUAUAUAUAUAUAUAUAUAUAUAUAUAUAUAUAUAUAUAUAUAUAUAUAUAUAUAUAUAUAUAUAUAUAUAUAUAUAUAUUACACACUCUAUACUUUUAUAUGCAAAAAAAACCAUUUUAAUGAGCUCUAUUUAUUGCAGGUGAUGUAGGAAACUAUUAUUAUGGACAGGGACAUCCCAUGAAACCACAUAGAAUCCGUAUGACGCACAACUUACUUCUUAACUAUGGCCUGUACCGCAAAAUGGAGAUCUACGUAAGUAAAGGGACAGGGGAAAUAAUAUACUUCAUGUAAGAACCUUAUAAGUUGGAAUUUCAUUCUACUGACAUUUGUAAAAGAUUUCACUGGCAUUGGUUGUCUGAAUGGACAUAUAUAGGCCACUGUUUUUGUUCUCAUCAUGCUUGUGAAUCUACCAAUGAUGGAAAUUCUGCCAAGAAUUACGAAGAAAACAUGAGGUCAAAUGCAGCCAUUACAAGCUAGGGGGUGGCACACUUAACUUUUUUGUUUUUUGCCACAAGUGCAUGGAUUGUUUUGUUUGUAUCUAUGGCACACACAUUGCCUAUAUGGCACACAUAGUAAAUGGAAAUAUACGGAGUUCAUUUUAAAUGUUUAGAUUGGUAUUUUCAGUGAAGAUUUUAGAGUUGCAUAAAAAAAAAAAUACUAGGUGUUAUGCACCUAAUGCAUUGACACAUUUUAGCAGGUGUACAAAUAUGUAAUUUAUUACACUUCUCUAUGCCACUGACUUAGGGAAAACACAAAUGAAUGUCCAUCCUCUAUUGUUUUCAACAUUGGGUAAAUGCUUGGUAUGUAGCAAAUAUAGCUAUUUUUGAAAGUUUCAGUAAGCAUUUGAAGGUUGACUAUGUGACUGUUCAGUGUUCACCAUAGAUGCAAAGGAAGCCAGCUUCAUGUACUUUUUAUAUUCUAUUUGUACAUUCAUAUGAUUUUUACAGCACAAUGUAUACAUUUUAAAUGAUUACUCCAUGCCACCCAUUAACACUUUAUUUUUAUUUAUUUUUUUCAAGUGGUACUUGAUGUCUGCAUGUGUAGUGUUUCUGUAGGAACUCCUCUUUUGGCAUUGUCACAAGCCAGCCCAGAAGGGAUGGGAAGGGAUGGCAGUGUUUUUUUAUAUUUAAACUUAGUCAAAAUAAAUAACUUUGACAUUUGAAUUGGCUGGUUAACAUUAUUCACUAAUAACAAACAUCUGUACCCUUACCACAGAGACCUCACAAAGCAAAUGCAGAAGAGAUGACAAAAUAUCACAGUGAUGAUUACAUCAAAUUUCUACGUUCAAUCCGGCCAGACAACAUGUCAGAAUACAGCAAGCAGAUGCAAAGAUGUGAGUAUAGAUGGAUAACGUUUAUGAUUCUUCAGUAUGUGUUGGAAAGUUAAGUCUGCCUGAAAGCGAAAAAGCUAUAGAUUCCUAUUUACACAUGUUUCUUUCCUCAGUUAAUGUUGGAGAGGACUGUCCUGUAUUUGACGGCUUAUUUGAAUUCUGCCAAUUGUCAGCAGGGGGCUCUGUGGGUGAGUAUCUGUUCAGUGAAAUUUUUUGCCUAAAUCAAAGUUUUAUUAUGUUGGUCUGAUAGAUUUGGAAACUUACACACACAAAAUUAUUUGUAAUAUUUUUUGUUUUUUACAUUUGUUCUUUAAUUUAUUCUGCCUUUAAACAUGUAGGGCCUUGAUUACCCUCAACCUUCACAUAGCUUUAUUGCUAUAUUGUUCAUCAUAAAUGUAAAAUUGGUCUAUUUGACACCCCUGUUAUCCUUCUGUGCAAUAUUUACUGGUAGGGAAUGAGCAGCUAUUCCCUGCUAUCUGAGGGACAUCUUAAUUCCCUUUUUUACAUCAAAAUAAUUUCUUCAUCCUUCAUAAAUUCAAAAGACACUGCUCUGCAUUUGAGAUCCAAUAUUUGCCUGUUAUGGGGGAAAAAAUAUUUGGAGGCCGAGUCCUCUCAUGUAUUCUAACAUAUUUAAUUUCUUAUGUUUGCAGCAAGUUCUGUUAAACUGAACAAACAGCAGACAGACAUUGCAGUGAACUGGGCAGGUGGCCUUCACCAUGCCAAGAAAUCAGAAGCUUCUGGAUUCUGUUAUGUGAAUGACAUUGUCCUUGCUAUCCUGGAACUGCUGAAGUAUGUAUAUACCAUGUAUUUUCCAGCCUUUGCUGUGACACAACAUUCAUUUGUCCUAGUUUCUUUCUUUUCUAAUGUCCUUGUUUACCUCUCUUACAGGUAUCACCAACGGGUUCUGUAUAUUGAUAUCGACAUUCACCAUGGUGAUGGCGUUGAGGAAGCAUUCUACACAACUGACAGAGUCAUGACGGUCUCUUUUCACAAGUAUGGCGAAUAUUUUCCUGGCACUGGAGACCUGAGGGUGAGUAAGAUUUUGGGGUGUUGAAAGGAAAUCUAAUUUUGAUUCAUAAUAUACAAAAUGAUUUUGUAGAUUUUUAUUUUUAUUUUUUCUUCUUUGCAUUCAGUAUAUUGAUACAUUUACAAAAAGUAUCAGUAGCAUGUUACUUGGUUUUUGAGGGGACUCUGAGCCCAGAAAAGAAUCAAAAUCCCUUUCCAAUGGGAAAUAAAAUUAUCCCUCCUACUUUAAAUUGUCAUUGUAACCUUUUUUUAUUCUGUUUCUGACGUUAUUUUAAUUUAUUUUAAACUGUAAGAAAUUCCUGGUUAGGCUCAAAUUAUUGUUUUUAUAGUGAUAUGUUUCUUCUCAUUCUUCUGUCUUUAGGAUAUAGGAGCUGGGAAGGGAAAAUACUAUGCAGUAAACUACCCCUUAAGGGAUGGAAUUGAUGAUGAAUCCUACGAAGCCAUAUUUAAACCGGUAAGUUCCCUUCAGUACGGAAAGAAUGUGAAGUGCUCUGUUGUACACGUCUCAUAAAAGUUUUUGUUUGGCAGGUGAUGUCAAAAGUAAUGGAGAUGUAUCAGCCCAGUGCCGUGGUUCUGCAGUGUGGGGCUGACUCCUUAUCUGGUGACAGACUUGGCUGCUUCAAUUUGACCAUCAAAGGUAAAUUACAGGGAACUGCUUGUAUAUUGAUUAUGGGAAAGUAGGCAUGGUGGGUCUAUUAACUAAACGGUGAUUUGAGAAUUGACUUGACAUAUGUGACAAAUUCUCAGUACAAAAGAGCCCUUUCUCAAGUCCACACACAGGUAAAUAUGAGAGCACUGCAUAGUCUGUAUACUAUGCUAAGUAUGUUAUUCCUGGUCUGUUUAUUUUCAAGCUGAAAAGAACUGUAACAAGGGGAAACUCCUUCUCAUGCUCUAACUUUUUUUUUUUUUUUUAAAGUCUUUAAACGAUUUAACCCAAUUUGUUUAUCUGCCCUCUAUAUUCUCUCUGUGCCAUUUUAUUUACAGCAUAUUUUAAUUUCUCUUGACUAAUUUUCCUGAAAGCAAUAAUCACUAUGUAUUGGUUAAUUCCCCUUUCUCAUGGUGAUACUGUCUUAUUACAGUGUUAAAAGGAAAUUUAUUUUUUUAUAAUGGUGUUCUAAAAGCGUUCUAUUCUAAGAUUUUCUCAUGAGCCUUAAUUUAUUCUUAGGUCAUGCCAAGUGUGUGGAAUUCAUCAAGACCUUCAACCUUCCUCUGCUAAUGUUGGGUGGGGGAGGUUAUACAAUCCGAAAUGUGGCUCGUUGUUGGACGUAUGAAACCGCUGUGGCAUUGGAUACAGAGAUCCCCAAUGGUGAGUCUACCCCUAUAUCUCUCCUAAUUUGAUAAGUAGACCUAAUACAAAGUCACUUGUGUAAGACUUGAAGUUAAAGUUCUCUGUAGUGUAUUGUGCAGAUGGUCUUUUUAUUUAUUUUUAUUUUUUUUAAGCAGAGCAAAACCACUUUUUCAUUUGAGGAUAAGGUAGUAAACUAAACUGAGAUUGAGCUAAUAAUGUAGUGCCACAAAAGACACUUCAAUUUUCAAUUAAUAACUUCCAUGCUUUCUUCCAAACUGCUCUUUGUCUGGAUACUCAAAUUCCUGAUCACACAUCUUGGUAAAUUAUCAGUAAAAUAUGCUUCAAAUCGUUCUUCCUCAAAUACUUGGACUGUUAUAAUCACAUUAGAGUCUUUUAGCAUUCAUAUAUCAAUUGUUUAAUUUUGUGCUUUACCUUUUUUUUUGUUCUUAGAACUGCCAUAUAAUGAUUACUUUGAAUACUUUGGACCAGACUUCAAGUUACACAUCAGUCCAUCAAAUAUGACCAACCAGAAUACGAACGAAUAUCUAGAAAAGAUCAAGUAAGUAUAUGGAGAUGGGAGCUGCUGAUUAAAUUUUAGUGCCAGCUGUAAAUCUGUUGUGGGCUCAGACUCAUCGUGUUUCUUUGUCUUUCAGGCAACGUUUGUUUGAGAACUUGCGCAUGCUCCCACAUGCACCUGGAGUCCAGAUGCAGGCAAUCCCUGAGGAUUCUGUACAUGAUGACAGUGGAGAUGAGGAUGACGAUGACCCUGAUAAACGAAUUUCCAGUAAGAAACAAUCCAUGGGGUAGAGCAAAGACGUGUGCUUGCAGCCUGGUACCAUACAAGUUACUUACUUAUUCUUUUGUCUUUUCAGUUCGUUCAUCAGAUAAGCGGAUUGCAUGUGAUGAGGAGUUUUCAGAUUCUGAGGAUGAGGGAGAAGGUGGCAGAAGAAAUGUGAGCAAUUUCAAAAAAGCAAAACGUGUCAAAACAGAGGAGGAGAAAGAUGUAGAAGACAAAAAAGGUAACUAUCUAUUUCUGCAUCUCGGUCACAGGUCCAUCACUGUAAUCCCUUUUAGUCCUGGCCAAUUAUCCUUGUUAGUGUAAAGGUUACCUUUCAGGGUACAUACAACCUGUGCUCCUAUUUUUGUUGUGUUUGCAGAUUUUCUAGCAAAUGUAUAGUAACCACUGUAGGAUUUGCAGUCGACUUUAAUAUGCGUGGACAUGAUGCAAAAGCGGUGCUAUGAAAGGGAAUGAAAUUGGUGUUGAAAAGAACCUUGAAAUGGCGCAGUGAAACAUUCUUCAAUAAGGAUGACACAUGAGGCAGUGCCACAGAAUACAUACAUAAGUAGGGUCACUGAGAGACCAUAAACUGAGUGGUCGUACCUCAGUGGAAAUAAACACUGACUUAUUUUUUUAUUAUUAUUUAUUUUUUCUCCAAGAUAUGAUGAGAAAAAAACAAACUAUAAUUUACACACAAAUUAGAUGAUACCACAGUCACACUGUAGCGAGAGCAAUUGAUGUUGAGCAAAAUGUGUAUUGGAGGAAGUCUCACUUGAUUCCAAAUUUAUUUUUGUUUGUACCUAUAAGUGAUAUAACGAUAUUUCAAUUAAAUGAUAAUGGAACUCAUUUGCUAUUUGAGUGACUGAUUGCAGGGACACAGCACAGUCUGGUUUUCUUCUAAUAAACUAUACUUUUUUUUUCAGAUGGUAAAGAGGAGGAGAAGCUUAAGGAUGAGAAGACUGAGGCCAAACGGUAAUAAAAUAAAAUGUGCUUUUUGGUUCCCAGUGUUGAACUUGCAAGCUGGAUAUGUUUUGUUUUUCCUGUGGUUCAUGACACCAUUGCUGACAAGACCAUCUUUCCUCAAAUCAUCCUACAGGGUAAAAGAAGAGACCAAAUCAGCCUGAUGCCCCCUUUCUCUCUUUUUUUUUUUUGUGAAAGUAUUCCCACGACCAGGUGCUCCUCAUGGUUUUAUAUUUUAUAUAUUAUUUGUACAGAAACUCUUAUAUAAAAUAUAAAGACCCGGACCGGCUAAAUUAUUUCUCUCCAAGAGGCUGCAGGAGGAGGGACGAAUAAAGAUUGAUAAUACUAGAAGGAGAUUUUUAUUUUUUAUUUCUGGUUUUGUUUUUAUUAGUGGGUGGGAGAGGGGGACUGUUAUAUCCUGCAAAUCUUGCUCUCCAAUAGAAGUUUCCCUGCUUCGCCACUUUUUAAUACGAGUAUAUUCAAACACCUUUUAAUUUGGCCACUUCUUAAUGUGCCUCUGUAACAAACUGUGGUACAAUUUAUUUAUGGGUAUAUCCCUACCUGCCCGGUGAAAAACACACUCCUGGUGUUCAGACAGCUCUGCUUUCAUAGAUGGGAGGAAUAAAUACAUCUUGUGCUCAGGAUCCAGGCGGUCAGAGGGAGGGGGGACUUGGCCGUCUUCCAUUUGGGGGAUAACCAUAUCCUCGCAGGUUAGGGGGAAUGCAGGUCCCCAUUCCCCAUAACCUUUCAGGGAUUCCCUAUUGGGGUGAUGCUGCUAACUCCUCACAUGUCAUGAAACAGAUGUAAACAAUGAGAGGAGGUGUGGAAGUCUGUUCAGCAGUUUCGUCAUGGGGUGGGGGAUGCAAUUUUGAUUUCUACAUAUCUUACAAGGGGAGUGAAAGGAUUUGUUGAGGGAUAAAGAGGUAGGGUUUUUAUGUCCAUGAUAUAUUUUUUUGGCGGGGUGGGGGGGAUGGUUUUCCUUGAUGGUUCAUUUGUGUAGCAGCUUUGUAAUAAAAAGUUAUACAACAGACAUUGUGCUUAAAUUAACCAAUUAUAAUGUGUAGUAUUGUACUGCAAUAAUGUUAAUGUGUUAAUUGUGUACACAUGUACUUUCAGACCUCAAGAAUAAUAGGGACAGUAUUUAAUAUAUAUCAAGUAAAGCAGUAAAUAGGAGUCUAAGUUCAUGGUUGGCUUUUAAAAGAUGUGUGCCAAGAUCAACCCAAGUUGACAUUUUGCUGCACUCAUAAUAUCGGAUUGCCUAACCAAGACUGUAAAGCGUAAGUGUGUGCGUAUAAUACAUACCACCUGUUCUUCACUAUACAGGAAGAUCCAACGUCUUACAGUUGUUACAUCUAUACAUCUGUGCUUUGUGACCUUUUUGCUUCCCCUCUUUUUUUAAAGUAGGCAGCUACAGUGAAAAACAUUGACCUACAUCCAUCAAAACUCUUUGUAUGUGCAUGGUUUCUGUGUGUACUCAAUAUAGUCAUUUAUCUGACUAGUAAAACAAGUGUUUGUGUAAGCUAGAGCUAUUUUGGAAUUUUUGGUUGUCUGCAGUUUCCUAAACUGAACUAUUUUUUUUCCUAACAUUUAAAAGAAAAAUCUGUAGCUGCAGUCAGGUCCUGUUGCUAUUCCGUGUCACUUUACUUUUCAAAUAUUACUGCUUGCAUAUUUCAAGUUGCUCUAGAACAAAAUAUUUUCCAGCAAGGAAUACUAUUUCUUAAUCUCUCAUGUUUUGGUAGUAUUUAUACCUCAAAGUAACUAUUAAGUCUGAUGUAAGACAUUCCACCAUUUGGCUGUGCAUUUAAUUUUUCACAAUCCCUUUCAAAAACAAUUUACAUUGUCACGGAGGAUGUAGAAGGUGGACAGGCCAUCACUCUAUGGUAAGGUUCCACACAGACAUGCUAGUGCUACUCCUAGCAAUUUAUAACAUGGUUAAUAAACCCUUCUUGGUAAGUUUUUAAAUAUUUACAAAGUAAGGCUUGUCCGUCCAUUAUCUAUUAUAUUGAUAUAGUCAGAAUUCAUGUUCCUUUGCUGUUUUGCAUGUGUCUACAGUUUCAUUUACUUACAAUAAGAGAACAUCUGCAAUUGAUACGGCAUAAAAAGAAGUGGGGUCGUGUGUAUACUAGCCACGUCUUUAUGGGCAGUCUUGUCAUGUGUAGACUGAUAUUCGUUAUACAUUGUUAUGAACUAAAAGGAGCAAAACCUUUUCUUUUCUAUUUAAGAAAUGGCACCAAACGUGUGAGUUUGCAUAGGGUUCUCCUCGUCACAUUGUGUGCUCCAUUUUGUCAUUACUUGUGUUUUUAUUAAACACUGUACAAUGUUGUGCAAUAGCUUGGCCCUUCAUAAAUAAAAUGAUAUACCAUUCCUGCAACCCUAUUCCCUCCUUACUUGCACCAACACACAAUCAUAUUUUAUAUUUCAGUCCCCUCCUGACCAUAUCUACUUCUUUAUGCCCACAGUCAGGCUCCCUUGAUUUGGUGAUAUUAUGUAUCAGGAAUGUUUUUUUUUUUUUUUUUUUUUUUAAUACCAGUCAGAGAUCUGGUUGUGCCCAGUCUUUGAUGUGUGUGGACCUACUAAAAGAGCUGGGUUAAGAACAUGUAUGUCAACACAAACCUUUGAGGAAACCAUGACCAAUGUGAAAAUGAAUAUCCACUCCUCCACAAUAAGUCUAAGCAGAGUGCUAGAAGUUAUGUUCUCAUUGCUCUGGACGACACAGCAGCACCUAUAUUAUUGAGGGCAAACCUAUUCAACAAAAGGCAAGCAGGAGCCUCUCUGCUUCUGCACAAGGCUGUGGUUUGCCAUGUUUUGUGUAAUGUGGGGGAAGGCAACUGCCUUAAGGCACACUGGCAGGUGGCACAGUAUCUAAAGAAAAUGCUGCCCCCAUCAAAAUUUAAUAUAUUUUUUUUUUUUUUUAAAAACUAAAAGUCCCUGUUGGUCAGCUGGUGAAGUACAUAUUAAUUGCUUGUGAUUUCAGCAUAGAAUUAAGGAGUUAGCAAAGUCAUUGGGCAUUCCAGGCUGUGCUUUGUCCAGAAAGAGUGGUUAAUGUGGUCUGCGCCGGGUGGAGAAUCACAAAGACCACUGUAACGGCAAGGAUUUAUUAUCAACUUCAGUGGAUUUUAUUAAUGCUGUUAAAAUAAACACCCAACACACCCCUCAAACAGAGCGUAACUUUAUGUUUAAUUGCAGCAUUGGCACUUAAAAAUAAAAACGGUUUCCAGUUGCAGUUUGGGUGCUCAGGAGCAAAAAGAUUCACUAUCAUUGACUUAUCUGUUUUAUAGAGCUCAAAUUAAAAAAAAAAAUUACAAUUUUGUUUUGAUUUCCAUGAAUAAUUAUAUUUCAAAUACAAAAUGUUUUCUAGAACUUUCCCAUGGAUCAUGUGUGGAGUUUUAUAAAUACAAAUAAAGCCUGAGAUCUAAUCACUAUCUGUUAAAUCCACCAGAUGGCAGUACUGUUUCUGAGAUUAUUUAAAGGCAACUUGUACUGUGCGUACAUGUAAAGGUUUUUGAAUGCUUUACAUAGUUGUAUUUACAUUUAAAGCCAGUAUACUAACCAAAUAUUAUGGGAAAAAUGUAGCCAUGUUUGAAAUUCUUUUAGCAAUUUUUCACAAUACACAUACUAAUGGAAAACACAUUUGCAUAGAUAUGUGUUUUGGUAUUUUUGUGGUGAAAUUUUCAUCUGUAUCUGGCUAUAGUUUGAAUGUAAUCCAUAAUUCAGCCUUCAUUUGCUAUAUAAAGUUUGAAUUUUUGUUAUUUACAUCACUUUGAGACACAAGUGACAGAAUAAUGAUUUCUACCAUUGAUCAGUCUAAAUGUUUAAUGUUUAGCAUAUUCUUAUGUAGGUAAUACGAAGUUGUAUUUUGGUUCUUUUUUUUUUAAUGUAAACUUUAGGAGUGUUUCCUACUCUCCAAUAAGACGGUUUAUCUUGUAUGUAGAAAAGUGCCAGGAAUUAAAUUCCAUUUUAUACUUGAAUAAAUACAAUUACUUUUAAUCUUA